AUGCUUACAUCCUAUUGGCUGUUUACCUUCUGUGUUAUUCUUGUCAAUCAUGCCACGGCUCUGUCAGUCACUGGACUGACUGCUUUGGCCCGUGGGGAGAUCCCAGGCCUCGUAUCCGAGCAGGCGCUUAAUGAGCCGCUGGAUGAGCCGCACGAGUUAUCACCGCAACUGGUGAUCCAAGAAUACGCAACUCAACAAAAUGAGGACGAUUGGAACGAUGAGAUUGACCGAGAUGAACUCCAAAUAAUUAAGCGCGAGGAACUGCGUGAUGACAAGCCAAUGGAGUUGCUCAUGGAUCUCGAAGUUAGCGCCGCAUCAGAUUACCUGGGCAAACUCCAAGAUGGAGACUUCAAAGGUUUGCUGGAAGAUAUUAGGUACGAGAUGAAAAACGGAGUUCCAGGAUCGGUUCUAGAUUCGUUCAAAACAUUUCUUGGGGUUAUUGAAGAAGACAAUAGAGAAGAAUUGGAAUGGGAUAGUCAUGAGUAUGGUUCAUACGACCGUGGUGAUGAUGAGGACGAUGACGACGACGACGAAGGUGAUAACGGCGAUGAAGACGACGAUGAUGAGAAUGGGCAUUCCAGCUACGAAAGAAACAGUUACGAGAAUGACAAUGGUUAUCAAAUCGAUUUCGGGUUGUCUUCAACCUUCGAGACAGACGAAGAGCCAGGGCCAAUUGAAGAACUUGUGCUGCCUAUCAAAGCAACAAUAGCAAAGUUGGGUGAUCCCUUCAGGAAAGAAGAAAUCAUAACUUCCCAAAUGAGAGUGGAACAAAUCUUUGAGAACCUGGAUGCCGAAGCCAAACAGCUGUAUGCCGAAUCACAGGCAGCAGACAACGACCCCAAAGCACAGAGAGAAGGUGAGAUGUUCCUCCCUCCUGACGACAACGAAAUCCCUCAAAAAUCGGGCGCAAAGAGACUGUUUCCAGGGAGUGAGUUCUCCCUCUUUUUGCUUGGAGUCAUGUUGGUGAUCUUAGUGUAG